GCCAACAAGAUGGCUGAACGCUGGGGAGUGGAGAGCUGAGAGAGGAAGGAGAACUGAUUUUUCAACACGGAAACCCUCCCUCCUUUUUUAUGUUUACGAGCGGACCUCGACGCCGGCGUUCACCGUCACAAGUGUGAAGAAAUCCCACUCAUGUGUUGCGUCACGACUCCAGUGAGGCCGCAGUGCUGCUAGCGGACUGCUCCAUCCCGCAGCGUCCAAGGCUACGGUUGUACACCCGGGAGGAAAGUCGCCAAGAGGAGCCAUCGAGAGAUGUCAUUGCUGUGUGUUGGAGUGAAAAAAGCCAAGCUUGAUGGACCCCAAGAAAAAUUCAACACUUACGUGACGCUGAAGGUGCAGAAUGUUAAGAGCACGACCAUCGCCGUGCGUGGCAGUCAGCCGUGCUGGGAGCAGGACUUUAUGUUUGAGAUAAACCGGCUGGACCUGGGCCUGACAGUGGAGGUGUGGAAUAAAGGGCUGAUCUGGGACACCAUGGUGGGCACUUUGUGGAUCCCCCUGAGCAGCAUACGACAGUCCAAUGAGGAGGGUCCAGGUCAGUGGUUGACCCUGGACUCCAAUGUGAUCAUGGCUGAGAAUGAGAUCUGCGGCACCAAAGACCCGACCUUUCACAGGCUGCUGCUGGACACCCGCUUCGAACUGCCACUAGACAUUCCAGAAGACGAGGCCAGGUACUGGGCCAAGAAGCUUGAGCAACUCAAUGCUAUGAGAGACCAAGAUUGUGCCUACCAAGAGGAACAGGAGAAGCCGCUCCAUGCGCCAUCCACACAAUGCUGUAAUUGGAGUCUGUGGGGAGAUCAGCAGAACGACGACCCGGACAGCGCUGUGGACGACAGGGACAGCGACUACCGCAGCGAGACCAGCAAUAGCAUGCCCCUGCCCUUUUACACAACAUCUCAGCCUAAUGCCUCCAUGCAUCAGUAUCCCAUCAGGCAACAGCACUACAACCACUCGUACAAUGACGACGUGGACUAUGACCACAGAGACAUGAGACACAAUGAUAGUUUAGACUCGGCCACCAACGGGCGCAGCGAUAUCGACUCAGGCUCUGGGUCGAGCCGGCGCACCAGUCAGCAAUAUUCUCUAGACAGUAGGCAUUCGCUGUCCGAUAGCCCCACAGACAGCCGCUACGCCUCGUCGGGUGAGCUGAGCCGAGGCAGCUCCCAGCUGAGCGAGGGGUUUGCCCCCGAGGACGGCGAGAGCUUGCGAGGCUCCGAGUUCUACGACGAAAAUGACUCGUACCACUCCUGCCACUCCUCCAUCAGCUACGGCAAGGAGGAGGACUUCCCGGGCUGGGACGGCGAGGACCCGCAGGGGGUCUACAGCGACGAGGGAAGCUACGUCAAAGAUGGAGGCGAAGACCGGGCGCUCUUUGACGAGGAGGGUGAGACGUAUGAGGAGGAAGGGGAGUACAACUACGAAGACGAGGAGGAGAUGCCGUACGAGGGGGAUGAGGAGAUGUACCCAGUUGAAGGUGCCAUACGUGAGGAGCAGGAGCCACCUUACACCCCAGUUAGCACCGCUACCACCCUCCUACCCCCGUCUGAUAGUGUGUCCUCCAGCAGGCCGCCCCUGGAAAAACAAACGUCGUUGCAUCAGCAGCAACCGCCUCCCGAACAGUCCCAACCCUCAAGAACCACUCCUCCCCUCCAAAAAGAUGACACCUUGCCCCCUUUCACCUCAGAAUCAGCUCUUUUUGCACCCACCCAGCAAGACUUAUUUACCACCACUGCUACCAUCAACGGCACGUCCACCACCACGACCACGAUAUCACCCAUUCUAGAACCUGAUGUCAAGUUCCAAGAGCCUGAGCCAAAGUCCGAGCUGCCCCUGGAGGUACCUGCACCGGUGGAGCAACCUACGGCUGAGGAGAGCGUCCCACCGGCUGCUGAGGAGAAAGCAGAGGAGCCCCGUGUCCCCAGUUUCCCAAAGAGGGAACUUAUGGAACCCGGCCAUGCGAGAGCCAAAGCCAACUGGCUCCGGUUGUUCAGCAGAGUACGGCUACAGUUGCAAGAGGCCCGAGGAGAGAGCGUCGGCAUCGCCUCUCUGCUAUUAUCAGCGGGGAUGGGUGGCGCUCUUUACAGCAUCGACAGCAUGCCAGACCUCAGAAAGAGGAAAGCAAUGCCUCUGGUCAGAGAUCUGUCAUUGGUCCAGAGCUCCAGGAAGGCCGGCAUCACCUCAGCCCUAACGUCCAGCACACUGCACAACGAAGAACUGAAGAGUCACGUCUAUAAGAAGACCCUCCAGGCUCUCAUCUAUCCCAUCUCCUGCACGACUCCGCACAAUUUUGAGGUUUGGACGGCCACCACCCCCACCUACUGCUACGAGUGCGAGGGUUUGCUGUGGGGCAUCGCUCGGCAGGGCAUGCGCUGCACAGAGUGCGGGGUCAAAUGUCACGAGAAAUGCCAGGAUCUGCUAAAUGCUGACUGUCUGCAAAGGGCCGCGGAGAAGAGCUCCAAACAUGGCGCGGAGGACCGAACUCAGAACAUCAUCAUGGUCCUCAAAGACCGCAUGAAAAUCCGCGAGAGAAACAAACCGGAGAUCUUUGAGCUCAUCCAGGAGGUCUUCUCCGUCCCCAAGCCAACCCACGGCACGCAGAUGAAGCAGAUCAAACAGAGCGUGCUCGACGGCACAUCCAAGUGGUCGGCCAAGAUUUGCAUCACAGUGUUGUGUGCCCAAGGGUUACAAGCCAAGGAUAAAACUGGUUCUAGUGAUCCCUAUGUCACCGUCCAGGUUGGAAAGACCAAAAAGAGGACCAAAACCAUCUAUGGCAACCUCAACCCUGUCUGGGAGGAGACUUUCAAUUUCGAAUGCCAUAAUUCUUCUGACCGCAUCAAGGUGCGAGUGUGGGACGAGGACGACGACAUCAAGUCCCGAGUGAAGCAAAAGUUCAAGCGCGAGUCUGACGACUUCCUGGGGCAAACCAUCAUCGAGGUCCGCACGCUGAGCGGGGAGAUGGACGUGUGGUACAACUUGGACAAGCGCACUGACAAAUCAGCUGUGUCGGGGGCCAUUAGGAUGCACAUCAAUGUAGAGAUCAAGGGCGAGGAGACGGUCGCGCCAUACCACGUUCAAUACACCUGCUUGCAUGAGAACCUUUUCCACUUUGUGACAGACAUCCAGAACACCGGCGUGGUGAAGAUCCCCGAUGCUAAAGGAGACGAUGCGUGGAAAGUAUACUAUGAAGAGACGCCUCAGGAGAUAGUUGACGAGUUUGCAAUGCGUUACGGAGUGGAGUCCAUUUACCAAGCCAUGACUCAUUUUGCCUGCUUGUCGUCUAAGUACAUGUGCCCGGGAGUGCCUGCUGUCAUGAGCACCCUGCUCGCCAACAUCAACGCCUACUACGCUCACACCACCCAGGCUACUAACAACGUCUCUGCCUCAGACCGCUUUGCCGCAUCCAACUUUGGGAAAGAGCGAUUUGUCAAGCUCCUUGAUCAGCUGCACAACUCCCUGCGGAUCGACCUCUCCAUGUACCGAAACAACUUCCCAGCCAGCAGCCCUGAGAGGCUGCAGGACCUCAAGUCUACAGUGGACCUCCUAACCAGUAUCACCUUCUUCAGGAUGAAGGUCCAGGAGCUCCAGUCUCCGCCCAGAGCGAGCCAGGUGGUAAAGGACUGCGUGAAAGCCUGUCUCAACUCCACUUACGAGUACAUCUUUAACAACUGUCAUGAGCUCUACAGCCGCGAGUAUCAGACAGACCCAGCUAAGCAGGGUGCAGUUCCUCCAGAGGAGCAGGGACCCAGCAUCAAGAACCUGGACUUCUGGUCCAAACUCAUCACCCUUAUUGUCUCCAUCAUUGAGGAAGACAAGAACUCCUACACACCCUGUCUGAACCAAUUCCCCCAGGAACUCAACGUGGGUAAAAUCAGUGCUGAAGUGAUGUGGAAUCUGUUUGCACAGGACAUGAAAUAUGCUAUGGAAGAGCAUGAGAAAAACCGCUUGUGCAAAAGCGCCGAUUACAUGAACCUGCACUUUAAGGUCAAGUGGCUUUACAACGAGUACUGCAAAGACCUGCCUUUCUUCAAGAGCCGAGUGCCUGAAUAUCCGGCGUGGUUUGAGCCUUUCGUGAUUCAGUGGCUGGAUGAAAACGAGGAAGUAUCUCGGGACUUCCAGCACGGUGCUUUGGAGAGAGACAAGAAGGACGGGUUCCAAGUCACGUCCGAGCACGCCUUGUUCUCCUGUUCUGUGGUGGACGUGUUUUCCCAGCUCAAUCAGAGCUUUGAGAUCAUCCGGAAACUCGAGUGUCCGGACCCGCAGAUCGUAGGACACUAUAUGAAACGGUUUGCAAAGACCAUCAGCAAUGUGCUUCUCUCAUAUGCUGACAUCAUCUCCAAAUUGUUUGCCAACUACGUCACCAUGGAGAAAGUGCCCUGCAUCCUGAUUAACAACAUUCAACAGUUGAGGGUUCAGCUGGAGAAGAUGUUUGAGGCCAUGGGGGGGAAAGAUUUGUGUGUGGAGGCCAGCGACAUACUGAAGGACUUGCAGGUUAAACUCAACAACGUCAUGGAUGACCUCAGCAGAAUAUUUUCAGUCAGUUUCCAACCUCACAUUGAGGAGAAUGUGAAGCAAAUGGGAGACAUCUUAGCUCAGGUAAAAGGAACGUCAAAUGUAGGGAAUGCCAGUAGCGUGGCACAGGAUGCUGACAACGUCCUGCAACCCAUCAUGGAGUUCCUGGACAGCAACCUGACUCUAUUUGCAAAGAUCUGUGAGAAAACGGUGCUGAAGCGUGUGUUGAAGGAGUUGUGGAAGCUGGUGAUGAACACCAUGGAGAAGACCAUCGUUCUGCCGCCACUUACAGAUCAAACGGGGAGGCUGAAGAAUGCUUCUCACAGCGACGGCACUCAGCUCAUCUUCAAUGCUGCCAAAGAGCUGGGCCAGCUGUCCAAACUGAAGGAGCACAUGGUUCGGGAGGAGGCAAAGGCGCUCACGCCCAAGCAGUGUGCCGUCAUAGAACUGGCCCUGGACACCAUCAAGCAAUAUUUCCAUGCCGGUGGUGUUGGUCUGAAGAAGACUUUCUUGGAGAAGAGUCCUGAUCUGCAGUCCCUGCACUACGCCCUGUCCCUCUACACGCAGGCCACAGACAAACUUAUUAGGACCUUUGUCCAGUCCCAGAACGCACAAGGAUCUGGGGUGGACGAUGCUGUGGGAGAGGUGUCCAUCCACGUGGAAAUCUUCACUCACCCCAACACUGGCGAGCACAAGGUCACUGUGAAAGUGGUGGCCGCCAACGACCUGAGGUGGCAGACGCAGGGAAUAUUUCGACCUUUUGUGGAGGUUUUCAUUAUCGGCCCGCACCUGAGUGACAAGAAGAGAAAGUACGCCACCAAGUCCAAGAACAACAGCUGGGCGCCGAAAUACAACGAAACUUUCACUUUCACGCUGAGCAGCGAGGUGGGCCCCGAGUGCUACGAGCUGCAGGUGUGCGUCAAGGACUACUGCUUUGCCCGCGAGGACCGCACGGUGGGCAUGGCGGUGCUGCAGCUGAAGGACGUGGCGUCCAAGGGCAGCGUGGCCUGCUGGCUGCCGCUGGGCAAACGCAUCCACAUGGACGAGACGGGCCUGACCGUGCUGCGCAUCCUGUCGCAGCGCAACAACGACGACGUGGCCAAGGAGUUUGUCAAGCUCAAGUCGGACCAGCGCUCCGCCGAGGAGGGUCGCAGCUAAGCGGCUUUCUGAUUGGACCGCGACCACCUGGCAUUCCAGUGCUGUAAAUACAUUCAUUCCAGAGGGAGCCACGUGAGUUCAUCACCACGGAAUAACAACGUUGGGUCGUCGUCACUCGUGCCGUUACACGCGUCCUAUUCGGCUGCACAGGGUGUCAAAUACUGAAACUCGUAGCCAUUUUCUCCCCCCUUCCCUUCUUUCUGAGAAAGCGCCUUCAGGUAGUCGAACAGAGCACACUGCCUGACACCCACAUUGCCUUCUGUCUCCUUCACCCUCGUCUUUGUGAUGACAAACACAGACUGUGUGUGUGUGUGUGUGUGUGUGUGUGUGUGUGUGUGUGUGUGUGUGUGUGUGUGUGUGUGUGUGUGUGUGUGUGUGUGUGUGUGUGUGUGUGUGUGUGUGUGUGUUCUUCAUGACAAAGUAUUACGGCCCUACUGAGAAGAACAACUAGUACAAUUAUGAACCAAGAAUAAAGUAAAUGAAGUCUCAAUGUUACACUAAAAAAGUAGUCCUCUUUCAAGAAGGAAGUCUAAGUCUCAUUAGAAUAAAGUUGUAACACGAUUGAACGUUAAAAUGCUACACCAAAGAUUUGGACCUGGAAAAAAGUUUCAUAAGAGGAAAAUUGUAUUACAGGGAAAAAAAGCAGUUAAACGUAAAUUUUCUGAAACUCCUGGAAAAUAAUCAUAAUGUUUAAUAAAACGUAACUGUCGUAAAAUUAUGAGAAUAAAUUAUUCAACUUUUUUGUUGAAUAAAUUUGUAAUGUUACGCAAAAAAGUUGUAACUUGUUGAGAAUAAAGUCGUAACGUUAUGCGAACAACGUUGUAACUUUUUAAGAAUAAACUCAAAAAAGUUGUAACUUGUUGAGAAUAAUGUUAAGCAAAAAAAAUUGUAACUUUUUGAGAAUAAAGUUGCAAUUGUAUGCGAAAAAGGUUGUGACUUUUGGGAAUAAAGUCGUAACAUUAUACAGAAAAAAAAAUUGUAACUUGUUGACAAAAAAGUCGUAACUUUAUGCGAAGAAAGUUGUAACUUUUUGAGAAUAAAGUCACAAUGUUAAGCGAAAAACGUAACUUGUUGAGAAUAAAGUUGUAACAUGCAAAGAAAGUUGUAACUUGUUCAGAAUAAAUUGUAACAUUAUGCUAAAAAGUUGCAACUUUUUGAGAUUAAAGUCAUAGCGAUAUGCAAACAAAGUUGUAAUUUAUUAAGAAUAAAGUCAUACUGUUAAGGGAAAAAGGUUGUAACUUUUGAGAAUAAAGUUGUAACAUGCUAAAAAAGUUGUAACUUUUUGAGAAUAAAGUCGUAAUGUUAUGCGAACAAAGUUGUAACUUUUGAGAAUAAAGUCGUAACGUUAUGCGAACAAAGUUGUAACUUUUUGAGAAUAAAGUCGUAACGUUAUGCGAAAAAGUUGUAACUUGAGAACAAAGUCGUAAUGUUAUGCGAAGAAAGUUGUAUUUUUUUGAGAAUAAAGUCGUAACGUUAUGCGAAAAAAGUUGUAACUUUUUGAGAAUAAAGUCAUAGCGUUACACAAAAAAAGUAACUUUUUUUAAGAAUAAAGUCGUAAUGUCAUGCGAAGAAAGUUGUAACUUUUUGAGAAUAAAGUCAUAGCGUUACACAAAAAAAGUUUGAACUUGUUGAGAAUAAAGUCGUAAUGUUAAGCGAAAAAGAAUUUUCGGGAAUAAAGUCGUGACAUUAUGCAAAAAAAGUUGUAACUUGUUGAGAAUAAAGUCGUAACGUUAUGCGAACAAAGUUGUAACCUUUUGAGAAUAAAGUCGUAACUUUAUGCGAGGAAAGUUGUAACAUUUUGAGAAUAAAGUCAUAGCGUUACACAAAAAAAGUUUUGUUGAGAAUAAAGUCGUAAUGUUAAGCAAAAAAAAGUUUUAACUUUUUGAGAAAGUCGUAAUGUUAAGCGAAAAAGGUAACUUUUUGGGAAUAAAGUCGUAACGUAAUGGAAAAAAAGUUCUAACUCGUUAAGAAUAAAGUCGUGAUGUUAUGCAAAGAUAGUUGUAACUUUUUGAGAAUAGUCAUAGCGUUACGCAGAAAAAGUUUGAACUUGUUGAGAAUAAAGUCCAAACGUUAUGCGAACAAAGUUGUAACAUUUUCAAAAUAAAGUUGUAAUGUUAUGCGAAGAAAGUUGUAACUUUUUUUAGAUAAAGUCGUAAUGUUUAGCGAUAAAGGAUGUAACUUGUUGAGAAUAAAGUAGUAAUGUAAAGCGAAAAAAGUUGUAACUUUUUGAGAAUUAAGUUAGUAACAUUACGCAAAAAAAAGUUGUAACUUUUUGAGAACAAAUUGUAAUGUGACGCAAAAAAGUAACAUUUAAUAGUGCUGUCAAACAAUUUUUAAAAUAGGAUUAUUCACACUUUAGAAUUUGAUUAAUCAAGAAUAAUUGCAGUAUUUUACGCAACUGUAAAACAUCAAAUUACAUUUCGAAAAGUCCUAAUAUUGCACGACAUAAGCCACAAGUUUUUGAGAAAUUAGUUACACUCAUGAAAAUAAGUCUCCAUUUUCUUUAAAUAACAUCGUAACAUAAAGGCCUAAUACAAUAUAAUGAAGGGAAAUGUGUUAUGAAAGUAAACAUUUGAAUGAUAUGACUUUAAUCUCUUGAGAUACUUUUUCUUAUCUUUCUGAGGUCACAUACAUUCCACAUGUAAGAGCGGCCAAUAAAAGCACUCUGCAGUUAGGACACACGCACAAGUUUAUAAGAUUCAUAUUUCAUACUCCAGAUUCUAUUUAUAGAUUGUGGUGACGUUAUUAUUCAGGAGUGUUACUUGAUUCUGGAACGGCGCACGCUGCCUCACACCCUCAAUGCCUUUUGUGUCCGUCACCCUCGUCUUUGUGAUGAUAAACAAACACCGAGUGUGUGUGUGUGCGCCUGUAUGAGUGUGUGUGCGUGUAGUCAUAGAAUUUUGUGUCAGUUUUUGGCUAAUUUGCAUCUGACUUUGUUACUGUAAACAUUCCAGAUUGAGGAAAACAGGAAUUCCCUGACACGCUAACACGUCCCCGUGGUUACGCCACCAAAGCACAAAUGAUUGGCAGGAAACCAGAAGUGUGGCCCUCAUACUGCUGUGUAUUCAAAAGCUGGUAACACACAGGUUGACACAAGUGAUUGUGUGUGACUGCUUGACCACAAGGUGUCCACACAAAGUGCAGCCAUGAGUCCAAUCAGCUUGAAUGACUGAGUGUCCGCCUGGCAUGGAGAACAUGUGGACAUGUCACAUAGCUGCUGAUGCCACGAAAUCUCCUAUUUAUAGCUGUUGACGACGAAGCCGCCAUGUUUCAGGGUUUUUUGGGCAUGCAGACAUUUGUGGGACGGAAGCACAAAGAAAAAGCACACAAGAGAGGACAGACGUGCAUGUUAUGCUCUGUGGCUCACGUGCACGGUCCUGUACUUCCACAAGUGGUGCAUGAAGGGAAAUAUGUAAGAAAAGAACAAAAAAGAAGCAUUGUGCCAGCACGUGCAUAUAAUAUAUAUUUAUUAUUUGAUGUUGUCCUUUAUUUUGAUAUUCAAAUGUUUGUGAAUAUAUAAAUAUAUAUUACUGAUGAUGUGUAGUGGUACAAAGUAGUCGCAUGGGACUUUUUUUUAUACACAAUGUUUCUAAUGGGUUUUUUUUUAAAUAUGGUUCUUGAUGAAAUGUUGAGGUUUACUGGGACUACAGUCUCGUCGUGUUUUUGCUUCAAAUAAAAAUUGAACAAUA